GCAAAGCAUAUAAGAUGAUAAGAACAUUUAGUAGUUGGGUUGAUGGGCUGUUGUUAUGCCUUCCAUCCGUUCGAUUGUAUUGCCUACUGAAAACGCUUCCUUCCUUUAUCGUCAUCAUCUCUUAAUUCUAAACCAAACUCGUCGUUGCUCAAUACCCACCGCCCUCCAAUCUCCACUGUUUCUUCUCCCAAGAUCCCCUUCACUCCAACAAGUCAAACAAGCUCAUGCCCUCAUCGUCGCCACCGGCCUUGCCAACGAUGCCACCAUCAUGGGUCACCUCCUGGCCGCAUUGGCUCUAUCCCCAUCUCCCACCUCCUCCAUUGAUUAUCCCUUCUCUGUCUUCCGACGCAUCAAGAACGCUAAUAUAUUUGCUACCAACAAUAUGAUUCGUUGUCUUGCAAAGAGCGAAACCCCACAUGAUUCGGUUGCUCUGUAUGCUGAUAUGUGUCGUAGCAGUCUUCUCCCUAAGCCCAACAACUACACCUUUCCCUUCGUUCUCCAAGCUUGUAGUAAGGCUUUGGCAAUCGUUGAAGGGUUUCAAAUCCACACCCACAUUGUUCGGCUUGGUUACGCCCAUGAUGUCUACGUUCGAAACGCUUUGAUUCACUUCUAUAGCGCUUGUCACAGGACAGAAAGUUCAAGAUAUUUAUUCGAAGAGAAUUCCCAAUGCCGCGAUGUGGUGACAUGGAAUAGCAUUCUGGCUGCUUAUGCUAGAGAUGGGCAGAUGGAUCUUGCCCAAAAACUGUUCGUAGAAAUGCCUGAGAAAGAUGUAAUUUCCUGGAGUACCAUGAUAAUGGGUCAUGUCCAAGGUGGACAUCUGGAGAAGGGCUUGGAUUGCUUUAGAGAGAUGAGAGAGAGAGGGUUAAGACCAAACGAGGCUAUAUUGGUUACCGUUCUCUCCGCAUCAGCCCAGCUGGGUUUGCUUGAGCAUGGGUGUUUAGUUCAUUCAACCAUUGAGUCCUUAAAUUUCCCCAUGAGUGUCUCGCUUAACACAGCCCUCAUUGACAUGUAUGCAAAAUGUGGCUGCAUUGAGCGCUCCAAAGAGAUCUUCAACAAAAUGGCCCACAAAGAUGUUUGGUCAUGGAACGUCAUGAUUUGCGGGUUAGCAGCACACGGACUUGGAAAUGAGGCUCUUGUACUCUUCGAGUGGUUUACAACUGAGGGAUUCAGGCCAGUGAACAUAACCUUCGUGGGUGUCUUGAAUGCCUGUAGUCGAGCAGGAUUGGUCGAUGAGGGAAGGCGCUAUUUCAAGUCAAUGAUAGAGGAUUAUGGCAUCGAGCCGGAGAUGGAGCACUACGGAUGCAUGGUUGACCUGUUGGGACGUGCUGGGUUCAUAACUGAAGCCCUUGAAUUGAUUGAGAAGAUCACUAUUCAACCGGACCCUGUACUAUGGGGAACACUGCUUGGGGCGUGCAAGAUUCAUGGUUUAGUAGAAUUGGGUGAAACCAUUGGCAAGAAGCUAAUUAAAUUGGAUCCCACCCACGAUGGGAACUAUGUGCUCCUUGCUAGUAUCUAUGCCAAAGCAAGGAAAUGGGAAGAUGUGAUUAAAGUAAGGAGAAUGAUGGUGGACCGAGGUGCGAAUAAAGUUGCAGGAUGGAGCCUGAUUGAAGCUCAGGGAAAGGUUCAUUGGUUUAUCGCAGGAGAUAGAGAACAUGAACGAUCUCCAGAGAUUUACCAGAUGCUUGAAGUGAUUACAAAGCGGUUGGCAGAGUCCGGCUAUUUGCCUGACAUUUCACCGAUCUUGCAUGACAUACAGGAGGAGGAAAAAGAGAAUGUGAUCAAGGAGCACAGUGAGAGGCUGGCUAUUGCUUUUGGUUUGUUGGUUACUGAGGUCGGCGGUUGCAUUCGAAUUGUAAAGAACUUAAGGGUUUGUGGGGAUUGUCAUGAGGUGAGCAAGAUGAUAUCGAAGGUGUUUGAGAGGGAGAUAAUUGUCAGGGAUGGAAGUAGGUUUCACCAUUUUAGAGAGGGAUGGAUGAUGGAUCAACCAAACACACACAGCCAAAUUCAGUCCAACCCGAUCAGACUCAGUACGCAUUGAAUAUUUUGGAGAUCGAAGAGGUCUUAGCAGCUGAUACACGUGGUUAUCUCAGUUGGGGUCCCCUGACUCUCCUUCCUCUAUAGCUCUGUUCUCAUCUUGGGAUGUCUAAGAUUCAAUGGUCACUGGGGGCGGCUUUAAAUUGUCUCUGUCAUCGACCAUGAAAUUCAAGUCAGAUUUAAAAAAUGCCAUCAACCAACUCCCUGAGUCCAAGCAAGCUCCUUGGAAGAAGACAUGGUAGAUGAUCCAUCGACCAUAUCAAGAAGCAGCUGUCCCGAGUUGAACAGUAUCAAGUCAAGUUUGUCUUCAGUGAGGCUAAUCAGAUAGCAGACCUCUUCUCUAACAGCUAGGGGAUAAUGAGUUGAACAAUAUUGACUUUUGACUCUUUCCUGUUGACUGCUUCCUAUGGUUAGUUAGUAAAUAAGCAUAUAAUAUUCAUACCCCAUUCAUCCUAUCAUUCAAAUCUGGUAGAUUUUUGCUCUUGGUUGAUUUAUUGAAUUUUAGCUGUC